AUGGACAGGAGCCCCUGGAGGUCUCUUGGGAUUUCCCGAGGCUGGACGACCCAAGGCUUUUGAGAAAAGAAGUGGGAGCGUCCCUGAAGGGACCAGAGCUGCUUCUGCCCAUUUCGACGUGUUAGCACCUCAGGAAGCCGGCACAGGAAAUAGAGGGACCUGCUGAAUCUACGUUAAAAUUUCUGUAGCGGAAACUACAGAAGAAAUGUCAGAUACAGAAGAAAACCCCCUAGAAGAAUCAAGAGAAAGUGGAGAGAUGGAGGAGGAGAAGGAGGAGAAGAAGGAGGAGGAAGAGGAGGAAGAGGAGGGGGAGAAGGAGAAGGAGGAGGAGGAAGAGGAGGAGAAGGGGAAGGAGGAGGAGAAGGAGGAGGAGAAGGAGGAGGGGAAGGAGGAGGAGAAGAAGGAGGAAGAGGAGGAGAAGGGGAAGAAGGAGGAAGAGGAGGAGGAGGAAGAGGAGGGGAAGGGGAAGGAGGAGGAGAAGGAGGAGGAGAAGGAGGAGGAGGAGAAGGAGGAGGAGAAGGAGAAGGAGGAGGAGGAGGAAGAGGAGGGGAAGGGGAAGGAGGAGGAGGAGGAGGGGAAGGAGGAGGAGGAGGAGGAGAAGGAGGAGGAGGAGAAGGAGGAGGAGAAGGAGGAGGAGGAGGAGGAGGAGGAGGAGAAGGAGGAAUAUAAUCCAAGUUUUGAAGAAGAUGCUCUGCAGCAGAGCCUAACUGAGGGCUCACUGUCAUGGGAGGAGUCUCAGGAGGAUGGAGAGGGGCUGGAGGAGUGGGUGGAGAAGGAGGAGCAGAGAGAGGGAGAGGAAGUGAGAGGGGAGGAAGAAAGUGAAGUGAGAGGAAGGGAAGAGGAAGAGGGAUGGGAGGAAGAGAAGAGCGGUGAAGAGGAAAAAAGUGAGGAGAGCGAGAGAAGUAAGGAAAGGGGAGGUGAGGAAGAGGGCCAGGAGAAGGAAGAGGCGGAACAUGAGGGGGAAAGGGAGGAGGGAAGAGAAGAGGAAGAGAAAGAGAAGAGUGUGGAGCGGGAGGAGGAGGAGGAGGAGGAAGAUACUGAGACAACUGAGACAAAAGCUGGACGAGCCAAGGAGGAAAAGAAAGAGAAGCAAAACAAAACAGCCCUGGUGGACAAUAUUGUCAUCAGCCAUGAGCCACCCAGGUCAAGCUCCUCCCUGGCUGAUAGUCCAGAAGUAAGCCAGAUUUACAAAGAUAACAGUAUGAAAGUGGAUGAUACCGAGGAAGCCAGCCAGAAGCCUGAAGACAUUUUAGCCCAAGGAAAAGAUGAAGCAAGACUCUCCCUGGAAGAAAGACGAAAAUUAUUCCAGUCCAAAGGACUGAGUGCGGAGGAGUCACUGGUGUCUGUCUCCACAGAGGACACCUUAUUCCAGAAGGAGGAGGACUCCAAGGUGUACCCUUUGAGCAUGACCUGGUCCUUUGGCUGGAACAGUUCGCUCCCUGUCUACUACAUGCGGGAAGACAGGAGAGUCAUCCUUUACACCUGUGCUCACACCGCCAUCAUGUACGACGUCGUCAGGAACACCCAGUACCAUCUGCAGGGCCACCCUAACAUCAUCUCUUGCCUCUGUGUUAGCGAAGACAGACGAUGGAUUGCCACAGCAGACGAAGGACCAGACUGCCUCAUAAUUAUUUGGGAUUCCUUCACGGGAAUCCCCGUGCACACCAUAUUUGACAGCUGUCCAGAAGGUAAUGGCAUGAGGUCAAUAGCCAUCACCCGUGACUCCAAGUUUCUGGCCACCAUCUCAGAUUCUGCAACCCAGAAAGUUUGCAUCUGGAAGUGGACUUUGGCAGUGGAGACGCCCGCAUGCACACUUGAGCUUCCCAAGGAGUAUGGUUUUCAGGAUAACCUCGUCUUCAACCCAGCCAACAACAAAGAGUUGGUGAGCAACAGCAAGACUCAGGCCAUCUACUACUGCUGGUUUGAAGACAAGGGUAUACUUGCUCACAGUGCCCCGGUUUUAACAGAGAAAACGUUCAACAAACUUGUGGGGAAAUUUAGCCAGUCUGUCUUUCACUUGAAGUUACCACAAGUACUGUCGGCAACAAAGGAAGGGAAGCUGGUUGUCUGGGACAUACACUACCCAUCUUCCACCUCCUCCUCCGCCAUCUCGGCCUUCCCUUUCAUCAAGCCUCGUAAACUGGUCCAUUUACAGAAGGAGGCCAUCACGGUGCUCAUGACAAUCGACAGCUACAUUGUCACCGGUGACAUUAAGGGCAACAUUAAGUUCUACGACCACACCCUCUCCGUGGUCAACUGGUACAGCAACUUCAAACUGGGCGCCAUAAGGACUCUGUCCUUUUCAAAAACCAUACCAAGCCUGCCAACCGAGAAGUCCAACCUCCCCACAGACUGCACUCUAAGAGGCGACCUUUUCGUUGUCAGGAAUUUUAUCAUUGGGACGUUUGACGCCACCGUGUACCACAUGACCGUGGAUGGCACCAAACUUGAGAAGCUCUUCGUGGAACCCAGGGACGCUGUCUAUGCCGUCUCCUGCCACCCAUACCAACCCCUCAUCGCAGUCGGGAGUGUCUGCGGGAUGAUCAAGGUGUGGGACUUCGAGAAGAAGGUCUAUCUGUUCAGCAGGACCUUCGAGAAGGGGCUUGGAGUCCAGUGUCUGACCUACAAUCCCGAAGGAGCCCUGCUUGGAGCUGGAUUCACCGAGGGGACAGUUUAUAUUCUUGAUGCGAUGUCUUUAGAAAAUGAAAGCCCGGAGCCCUUCAAAUAUUCCAAAAGCAGCGUGUCCCACUGCUGCUUCUCACACGACUCCAAUUACAUGGCGACAGCCGACGUCAACUUCACUGUGGCCGUCUAUAUGGUGGUGGUCAAAAAUGGACAAAGGGUCUGGGAGUAUUUGGCAAGACUUCGCUCUCACCAAAACAGCAUCCAAAGCCUCCUGUUCGGCGUCCACCUGGACAGCAAUGAGCCCAGGCUGCUGAGCCUUGGGAAAGACAGAUUCUUGAUCGAGUACAAUCUUGUCAAGAGCUGCAAAGACCACCUGGAUGUCCUGGACGUUCACCGGACAGACCAGGGCAACUACCCGACCUGCAUGAUCUGGUACCCGCCGCUCACCAAGGAACUCUUCCUGCUCAUCUGCAACAGCGGCUACAAAGUGAAGCUCUUCAAUGCCACCACGAAGAUGUGCAGAAAGACGCUCCUUGGACCGGCGUAUGGGUCGCCUAUUGAGCAUGCGCAGGUGCUCCCCGUAAAAUCCACGCUAGAGCUGCAGAAGCGAUACUUGGUGUUCAUUAACAAGGACAAGGUUGGACUCCAGAUCUUACCAGUUGACGGCAACCCCCACAAAACAUGUGCUAUCGUUUGCCACCCAAACGGGGUGGCUGGGAUGGCCCUUUCCUAUGAUGGCCGCUUUGCCUUCACAGCCGGAGGCCAAGAUCGCUCAGUGGUGCAGUGGAAAAUUAACUUAGGGGCCCUGGAGGCUGCCGUUUCCCUUGGGGGUGAAGACUUGACCCCGUUCUAUGGUCUGGUGUCUGGUGGCAGGGAAGGAAAAUUCUACAGGGAGUUGGAGGACUAUUUUUACUACUCUCAGAUCCGCAGUCAAGGUAUCGAUACAAUGGAGACCAGGCAGGUGUCGGAACAUAUUUGCCUGUCGGAGCUUCCUUUUGUCAUGAGAGCGAUCGGUUUUUACCCGUCAGAGGAGAAGAUUGAGGACAUGUUUAAUGAGAUCAAGUUCAGCGAAUACGUGGAGACCGGGAAGCUCAUCGACAAGAUCAACCUCCCGGAUUUCCUCAAAGUUUACCUUAACCAUAGGCCACCUUUCGGCAACACUAUGGACGGCAUCCAGAACAGCUUCAACGUGCUGGGUUACACCAAUUCGGAAGGGAAAAAGGCCAUUCGGAGAGAGGAUUUCCUGAACUUACUCCUCACCAAAGGGGAGCACAUGACAGAAGAAGAGAUGAUCGACUGUUUCUCGACUCUGUUUGGCCUGACUCCGGAGGGGUGGAAAUCGGAGCCUGCAGCCACCUGCAUCAACGGUCCAGAAAUCUGCCUCCAGAAAGAGCUUCCCGAGGAAAUCACUGCAGAAAUAUUCACCACGGAAAUUCUUGGCUUAACCCUUUCCGACAGCUCGGAACAGCUCAUUCAGUGACGUCAUUGGCGAUGCUGGCAGCACAAAGGGCUCCGUGUGUGCUUGCACAUGUGUGUGCAUGUUCCAAGAGGUGUCCCCUUUUCUGUCCAUGCCCACCCCCCACCACCCCCAGCCUAAUCUUUGGAGCAUUUUAGACAUUAAAAGCAAAUUUCUCUUAGGCAGUGGAAUUCACAGAGUUGGACAUUGCACUGUCUGUGAAAGAGAAGAGUAGGCGGAAGCGAGAACAGGCCUGACAGCUGGAUCGCCAGGCCUGAAGGAGCCUCAGCCAGCAGAGUCUGUGCUGCAUGGACGUCAUAGCCAGCCGCUCAUACCCCGAAACUGGGGUGGGGUGGGGGGAGGUGUUCUGGGCUCCUGGGAGUGCCAGACUAUUUUACUUCCCAGCAAAACACCCAAGCAGUUGUGUGUGGCCAUGACAGCAAGCAUCACCAGUCAUGCCUAACCCCGGUGACAACUGCCAAAGAGAAUGCAGAAGCAACCUGGGUCCCGCAAACUGCAGGUGGCCCAGAAGCCACGGGGUCCUGCUCCUGAAGGAUGCAAAUGGCAGAUGCUGCUUCACCCCCUCACUUUCUGCCAGGCUUCAAUGCACACAGUGGUCAAAACCAGUGGACACUAGGGGACACAGCUAAGUUUGCAGUGAUGUCUUAUUCCUGCACUAUGGCAUAACAAGUGAACGCUACGGUCUACUUUUGUAGGUUUUCUCUCAGUUCUGAGGACUCUUUCCUGCCAGUGUCCCCAGUGAUACGUCUCUAUCACACUCUGUCCAGUGUGCCUGCCCACCCCCACCAGGGCCUUCUCAGACAACUGCGUUAAGGAAACAUUUCUUUAGGGGAAGGGAUUAAACUUUCUCUUCUCUU